AUGGCUAACCUCAUUGUGAUCACCAACAUUCUUCUCUUCACCUCAUUUUUCCUAAAUGCCCUAGCCCACGAACCCGCCACGUCAUCAUGGUUCCACGUCACCAGUCGAUCUGGCGGCGAGGUCUCGGCCAAGAUCCACUUGUACGUGCAAGACGUCCUAGCUGGCGAAAACCAGACGGUGUACGAGGUUGCCCGAGCCUCGGUCACGUCGACCUCCCCCACGAGCUUCGGGCAGGUCCGCGCACUCGACGACCUCCUGACGGCCCUGCCCGACCCAGGCUCGAAAAAAGUGGGGCGAAUCCAGGGUUUGAUCACGUCUGCUGACCUGGCGAAGACGGCGCUUGCCAUGAACCUCAACUUCUACUUCACGUCAGGGGAGAUUGCGGGCAGCACGAUCUGCAUGGUCGGGCGGAAUCAGAUAGACGACCCCACGCGCGAGCUGGCGGUGGUCGGGGGCACGGGGGUCUUUCGGUUCGCGCGCGGUUACGCGAUAACGAAGCUAUAUUCGUACGAUGUGGAGACGAAUCACGGAGUGAUUGAGUACACGUUGUACGUGAGGUAUUCGGAUGAGUCGUUGGGCGAGUGGGUAAUCGAGUGA